AUGUUUAGCGAAAACUUUGCAUACUGUUUAAGCUUGCUCAUAUGCGUGGUCCAUGAGACCGAGGAUUUGUUGCUUUCUUCUGAGUUUCUGAAGCCGCCCCCACUUACUUCUGUGCGUGGAGUUAUCUCACAGCCUGGUAUCGAAAAUGAUCUUAGUAACCUGUCCAGUAUUUCUUCCAAGCUGUUGUCGGAUGGAACAUUUUCGUCAUUUGAAUUCGAUGCUGAAACUAUAUUUCUCCGCCUCGAGGUGAGUCUGGCUUCAUCCCCAGCAGCAACGACGCGCGUUGCCUUAGGAGACCUAAGUCUAGUUGAAAACUCCGGUGACUCUUCUUUUUCUCCUAAGAAAGUAUCACCUCAAGAAGACGAGGUUCAACAGGACAUGGACUUUAAACCGAAUAAGACGACAAAUCUAAAGUCCCUUCAAAAGCCUGCAACCGAAAUACAUCUCUUUCGAAUUCCCAGCUCUAGGUAG